AUGGCCAAACCUCUUCCAAUUCAUGCCGACUUGAUCGACUGCAACUACGCUGUCGCAGGGCAUGAUGGCACUCUUUCCGACAUUGAUGGCGAAUUGUUUAUCAAGCCUUGCACCGAUACCGAGAUCGCAUUCUAUAACGACACUAUAGCAGGGCACCAAGACUUCUACGAUUUUAUGCCCGAAUUUCUUGGAACUUUGCAACUGGAUGAGAACCAGAACAAAUCUUUUGAAGAAAAGGCGACCGAGUUGAUUGCGCAGCAUGCCAAACCUGAAGUAUCAUACCCUGGCAGGACUAAUGGCAAGAGAAUUACUACCAAUCAAGCCGUGGUGCUUAUGAACGCAUCGCACGGUUUCGUGAAGCCCAAUAUUCUCGACGUCAAGCUUGGUGUACGAUUAUGGGCAGAUGAUGCUCAUCAAGAGAAAAAAAAGAGGUUUGACAAAGUUACGCAACAAACCACACACAAAGAUCUUGGCUUUCGCAUCGCGGGUAUGAGAGUAUGGCAGGGACCCGAUGCGAAAGGCGAUGAUAUAGACGAGGAUGGCUAUAGAAUAUAUAAUAAAGAUUACGGCAGGUUCGAAUUAGAUAAUAGCAAUGUUCACGAAGCAUUCAAGAAUUUCAUCUUCACAAAAUCAGCUGGUCUCGACAACGAGCUAGGAAGAUUAAUAUCCCAGGCCUUUCUCACAGAUUUGAGAAGAAUACAGGAUGCCUUGGAAAGUCAGGAGAGCAGAAUGUACUCUGCUAGUCUUCUCUUCGUUUUUGAAGGCGAUGGAAGAGCAUUACGCGCUGCAAUGGAAGAAGCUAGCAGGACCCCACCUCCAACCACUAUGGAACAUGCUUCAUCAUCAUCCGGAGAAACUCACUCAUCCUUUGAAGACGACGAGGAGGAUGAAGAUUUAGAAGAAGAAUCUUUUCCCAAAAUCUAUUCUCUAAAGGUCAUAGACUUUGCUCAUGCUACAUGGACUCCUGGCUUAGGCCCGGAUGAAAAUGCUCUUGUGGGAGUACGUAGCGUGGGAAAAAUUCUGGAGAAGUUGGCGGAGUCAUAA